AUGUUCAAACGCUCGAUUUCCUCAAGGGACCGAGUGGGAAAGUCCGUCAAGCCCGCUAAGAAGACCUACCGCGACGAAACAAAGAUUAAAAUGCAGGAGAAAUUAGACAGCCCAUCAAGCUCUGGCAGCCUUACAAGCCCCAUAGUGACCCUAAUCGUAGGUCAAGAUCAACGAGUUUUUGCUGCUCAUGAGGAUGUCUUGUCUCUCUCGCCUUUCUUUGCGGCUGCCUUGAAACACCAAAUGGUGGGUGAUAGCCCAAAACAGAUUGGCUUGCAUGACGAGGAACCCGAGAUAUUGUCCUGCGUCCUCGAAUACCUCUACAAGGGUGACUAUUACCCCCGUUUGCUCCAGAGUAAACGUCACAACCCUUAUUACCUCGAGGACUCCCAGCUGCGUAAAACAGGUGGCCGAGGAUCAAGUGAAUCAGUCAUAUUCCAUUCCGGCAUUGGCAACUAUGUCCUUCGGGAUACCGUUAUAUAUUGUGCUGCUGAGAAAUACGGUUUGGAUGGGCUGAAAUCCCUUGCUCUAAAAAAGCAGGGGCUUCACGUUGCAAUCCCAGCCGAUGUCAUUCUCCGCUCCGCGCGGUAUACAUACGACAACACACCGGACUCGGAAUCUCGACUCCGAGCUCAUUUUCUAGCCCUAAUCAUUCGGAGCCGCAAGACGUUCAAGAGAAGCGGAACUAUGCAGACGGAGAUGGAGAUGGGUGGUAAAUUGUUUUUCGAUCUGUUCGUAGCGAUGUGCAAUCAUAUUGAUGACGUUGCUGGAAUGAAGUUAUUUAUUCUGCACGCCGCGCCCAUGGCCACAGAGGCGGGAUGCCCGCGAAACAUCCGGUGGAUGAAGGAUGGACAAGUUAUUCGAGAAAACCAAGAAUCUCAGUCCGACCAAGCAACAGAACGCCCGCCGAGCGAAACGGAAGACCCCAUGCCGCCAUUCUUUGAUGAAAAGAGUGAAGAGCACGCCAAGAAAUGCGAGAAGUUCUGCUGUGGAGAUAUCCACCGAGUUGCUAUACAGAAUAUAGAAAGAGAAAACCUGGAGGAUGCGGGAGAGAUCCCCAAAGAUCAGGAGGCGAGGCUACAGGCGCGUCAUGCCGGAGAGGCUGAUAGCGCGAUCCAAAGGCCAGGAGUGCAUGUCAGGUCAAGCGUUAUGGUAAUGUCGUUGGAAUCCAUGAGCGAUUCUAUGAGUCAGACCGCGGCAGUAUUGUUUUCCACGCUGGAUGAGCAGGAUCGCGGCGCUGUCAGCAGCUUUCUCCUGACGGGGGAAUAUUUUCCCAUGCUCAUCGAGAGCCGGGUGGGGCAGAAUCCUCUACAGCCGGGGCUACGAAAGGAGAGAUGCACGGCGUACUAUCUGGAAGGGUAUAGGACGAGAGAAGAGUAUAACGCGGAAGCUCUGCGGUGCGCGUGGAUGUACAACCUCGCGCACAGCCUGUACAUACCCAACCUUGAAAUGCUUGCGGUUCGCAAGCUCAAGCUGGGCUGCCAAUAUGUCGAAGAGGACGUCAUCAUCCAGGUUGCAAGUUUCAUCUUCUCGUCCAUCGACGGUCACCGUGAACAGGAAUACGAGGGGCUCCAGACAACGGCGACGAAAUCACCCGCGAAGCCGUGCUGCUGCGCGGGCGAACGCGACCCGAUGCGGGCCUACAUCGCGGAGUAUUUUGGAACAAGACUGGCGUCUCUGUCGAUUCAGAACGACGCGAAGUUCUGGACGAUAAUGAUGAGGUAUACUGCUUUCAGGGCCGCGGUAUACCUGGAAGCCGGCAAAGUGAUCUCAAAGCGCCUGGCUGCUGUGACGGCAGCGGAAGCGGAGUUGAACUAA